ACAAAUCCCAUCAUGCGUCACGCUCCUGACAGGGUGUCGUUACCCCUGCCUGAGUUCAAACAACAAUUCAGAACUCACAGAUAUGUUUUAAAACCGGGUUUCUAAAUACAAAACAGGGACAUAGCUUGAGGGGGUCUGUGGUUUUAUGACUUCUUGUACAGCCCCAGGGCGCGCUUUGUGAUUGGAGGACACGGGGUAGAGCGGGUUUCUGCCAGGCGGCGGCGGCGGUUACUGUUCAUUCAUUUCUCAGUGGAAGCGAGGGUUGUAUUUUCAGUCAUGGUUGUCAGGGAGCUGUGUCUGCUCGUCGCUGUGGCGCACUGGGCGGGUCUCUCCGCCGCCGCUUUCUCGCAGUCGAUGGACAGCGACUUCACAUUCACCCUCCCGGCGGGGCGCAAGGAGUGCUUCUUUCAGACUAUGAAGAAGGACGCCUCGCUGGAGAUAGAGUACCAGGUGCUAGAUGGGGCAGGCCUGGAUGUGGAUUUCUAUCUCUCCUCUCCGUCGGGGAAUGUGCUGGUCAGUGAUCGCAGGAAGUCGGACGGAGUCCACACGGUGGAGACGGAGGAUGGGGAUUACAUGUUCUGUUUCGACAACUCCUUCAGCUCGAUCUCGGAGAAGAUCAUUUUCUUCGAGCUGAUUCUGGACAACAUGGAGGGCGAGGGAGGGGAGGACCCCGAGGACUGGAGGGAGUACGUGCACGGCACUGAUCUGCUGGACAUGAAGCUGGAGGACAUCCUGGAUGCGAUGAACAGCGUGAAGGCUCGGCUGGGUAAGAGUGUGCAGAUCCAGACGCUGCUGCGUGCCUUCGAGGCGCGGGACCGCAACCUGCAGGAGAGCAACUCGCAGCGCGUCAACCUGUGGAGCAUCACUAACCUGCUGGUCAUGGUGCUGGUGUCAGGGGUGCAGGUCUACCUGCUGCGGAGCCUGUUCGAGGACAAGAGGAAGAGCCGCACGUAGCGCCAGCCCCCCAGACACACCACCCGCCCCGGGACGAGGACACAACCACUUUGUUACUGGUUUUGAAACAUAGGUUUUUUUUUUGGUUUUUUGGGUUUUUUUUUUUUUUUUUAGAAAUACAGCAAUACAGCCUCUCCUCUCUGUAGCUGCUUUGUGGGUCCCAGAGCUGCCUCUUCUCUUUCUACCUGCCCUGUGGGUCCCAGAGCUGCCUCUUCUCUCUCUUCCUGCCCUGUGGGUUCCAGAGCUGCCUCUUCUCUCUCUACCUGCCCUGUGGGUUCCAGAGCUGCCUCUUCUCUCUCUACCUGCCCUGUGGGUUCCAGAGCUGCCUCUUCUCUCUCUACCUGCCCUGUGGGUUCCAGAGCUGCCUCUUCUCUCUCUACCUGCCCUGUGGGUUCCAGAGCUGCCUCUUCUCUCUCUACCUGCCCUGUGGGUUCUAGAGCUGCCUCUUCUCUCUCUACCUGCCCUGUGGGUUCCAGAGCUGCCUCUUCUCUCUCUACCUGCCCUGUGGGUUCCAGAGCUGCCUCUUCUCUCUCUACCUGCCCUGUGGGUUCUAGAGCUGCCUCUUCUCUCUCUACCUGCCCUGUGGGUCCCAGAGCUGCCUCUUCUCUCUCUUUACCUGCCCUGUGGGUCCCAGAGCUGCCUCUUCUCUCUUUACCUGCCCCGUGGGUCCCAGAGCUGCCUCUUCUCUCUCUACCUGCCCCGUGGGUCCCAGAGCUGCCUCUUCUCUCUCUACCUGCCCCAUGGGUUCCAGAGCUGCCUCUUCUCUCUCUACCUGCCCUGUGGGUUCCAGAGCCCGCCUCUUCUCUCUCUAGCUGCUCUGUGGGUCCCAGAGCUGCCUUUUCUCUCUCUAGCUGCUCUGUGGGUCUUUCAGACUUUCAGAUAGAGAGGCGUUUUAGGGAUACCCCACUGAAUCAUGGAAAGUGGGCUGCUGCUUCAUGGGCUUAGCUGCACUGUUUUUGUUUUUUUUCUGCUACCCAGAUCCUCCUAGCAAAAGGAGCUCACAAGAUCACACCCUCAUGUCUAUGCCUGGCCUUCAGGUCCUGUCCUUGUGUUGGGGAAGAGAAGCCACAAACACAAACCACACCCUCUGUGCUGCUGCUGCUGAGAGCAGUCAUUGCUCAAUCCCGGCUGCCCACUGCCAGCUGUAUACUCAGAAACAAAGCGAUUCCUUCAAGCAGUUGUUCCAGCUCUUCUGCACGGAAUGAGGUGCAAUUUUAUAUUGGACUGUUACGAUAGUUUUCUGGUCUGCCUGCAUAGAUAGAGGCUCUCCAGAGCUUGUUGCUGCUUCUGCCUGGAAAGACAAGACCCUGUACUGCAGUAACUGCUCCUGCCCUGCCAUGCCCCCGCCCCGCCAUGCCCUGCCCCGUCCACCGCCCCGCCAUGCCCAGCCCCGCCCCCGGAGUACAGCAACACUGACAGUGAGAGCUACGUCUUUCACUCCCUACAGCACACCUUUGUAAUGGAAUAUUUUAUAGGCAAUGAGAUCUGCUUUGUAAAGGCAGGCCUCUACUAGUCAUCUGCAUUGUGCCGAUGCAAGUCUGUGUCAGACCCAGUUAAAGAAGUGCUGAGUGCAGUGGAGGUGCCCGGCCAUGGCUCUCAGCCUCCAGGGUUCUCUUACAAUCACUUCACAUGUAUAAUGUUUUAUUUUUAAAGUACAUGGAUCAGUUACUGCAGGUACAGACUGACGUUGAAGUCUGUGAGUGCUGCUUUUGUAUGUGCCCUGGAACCAGUACAGAUUUAAAAUGCAUAGAGAUUAUAUAUAGGUGUGUGUGUGUGUGUGUGUGUGUGUGUGUGUAUAUAUAAAUAAUCUUUUUUCUUUAGUUUUUGGUGGAGUGCUGGGGCUGACAAGCCCUGGUUUAGUGCAGCAGAGAGGUCCUCUCCAGCUCAGAGUAGAGCAUGUGUUCACACUGCACCCUCCUCGCAUGCACUCCACACUUUUUCAAUAACGCUUAGAAAAUGAGACGUACGAAGGAAGAUGUGCUUGCUAUGCCUACAACAACAAAAAAACAACUGUAGUUUGUUGGAUCAACUUUCAGUAACUCACUCGCAAAAGUUAACCAAAAAAAUAAUAAUUACGUAGAAUUAAAUCUGCUAAUCUAAAAUGAUAAAGUUUCACAAAGUAAAGGUUUUAUUUAAACAUUGGAAUAAAUGCAAGUCAAUGCUGGAAGCAAAAA